AUGUCAGGCAUGCUUACCGCCAAUGCCGUCGCAGCCCCAGCUACCAACCGCUAUGGCCUAGCAGCCGCCUCUGGCUCAGGAGGUGGUAGGAAGCCUAACCGUGAAGGUGGCGACCGGCCGAACCCCAGGCAGGGAGGCGUUCGAAAGAACAAGGGCCGGAAAUGGUGCGUCCUCUGGCGCCGCCCCGGUCACAAUCACGAGGAAUGCGCCUUACGUCGUAUCGUAGACGUUGUGGGUGCGGCCCUGAACCAGGGUAACCUCGACAUGAACGAUCUUCCGGUGCAGCACCCUCCAAACGCACAAGCUCGUCGUUCCGAACGACGGAGACUCCGGCGUGAGCAGGAGCAGCUUGAGGCACAAGAGCCCAAGCAAGAGGAAGACGAGGAAGAGAUCAAGCUCGAGGAGGAAAAGCCCGAACCUCCCGUGCGUGCGAACGCACGAACUCGUCGUAGCGAACGACGGAGGCUAGAGUACGUGCGACGGAUGCGAGAGAACGAGCAACAGAGACUAGAUAACGAGAUCCUGCAGGGGUACGAGGACUUGAUGCAAUUGUUCCGUAACCUCAGUAUUAGUCUCCCCGAUUCAAUGGAAGGAAUUAAGGAAGGCUCUAAAGAGCACUAA